AUGAGUUUCCAUAAUUGGUUGAGGAUUAUACCCAUAAUCAUUAUGAACGAACUCUUCAAAAAUAGUUUUGGGUCCCCAGAUGCAGUAUUCCCAGCAAAUAAUGACUUUAUAAAUAGCACACUCAGUAAAAUUGACAUCGGCGAGUCCACACAAUAUUACAAGGGCAUAUUUCUAUCCUUCAUCAAAAUAAUAGUAUCCUGUUUGAUAUUUUGUUCAUUUUCAAGUUUAUUUGUUCUACCUGUCAAAUACUUAAGUAUGGUGUACUCUCAUCUAUUUUCUGUCUGUAUUGUACUUCUUUCUAAUUCAGCAAACAUAGAAACACUGAAAGUUGUAUACGGAAAAUAUGAAAACUUAGAAACUAACCUGUUUGAUAAAGAUAUACCAUGGGAUUUAUUUGAAUUUUUAAAUCUUUUAAAAGAAUUACAAGUCAAACAUUUCUUAUACCUAUUAUUCCGAAAUGUAAUCCUACAGUGUUUUCUAUCAUUAUUAUUUUACUUUCUACAAAACUUUACUACAAAUCAAAAAAUCCAUAAGGCUUUCAGCUUUAUCUUUGCUAUUCCUGCUUUAACCAUUGCAUUUUUACCCGAUACAUGGAUACAUGGAUUUUUGAAUACAGUAACUGUAUUAUCAACAUUAUUACCAUUGUUUAUGAUACUGAAAACAUUAUGGUUGGACCUAUUUACAAUUACCAAUUUAAUUCGUAAAAAAUAUAGCCGUAUACGAGCGACCAUCAAUAUUUUUAGAAUAAACAAUUUGUUUGUGAAUGCGGUUGAGGUUCUGGAAAUGGAAUGGGAUCGUCUCGACAUUUCGUGUGUUCUACAAAUGUUUUUUGCAAUACGAGUAAUAGAACAAAUUUUAUACCUGUUAAUUGAUGAGAAAAUACAUGAUGAAACUUUUUUUGAAGUUUUAAAAAAUGUAUUCAUUAAAGGAUGUGACACAUUUACUUCAGUUUUAGGAAUGACUAGUAUUUUAUCAUACAUUUGUCAUUAUAUAGCAAAAUUCUUCCAAUGGAUGCUGUUAAAAAAGGAUGUAGUUGACAAAAGAAUUGGAACAGUUUCUGCAAUAUUAUUAUAUAUACUAGCUUUACAGACUGGACCAAUAGGUUUAGAAGAGGAUAUUAUAACAUUAAAUGAUUGUUUAUUUUGUGCUGUCCAACUGCAUUACAUCUAUCAUGUGACUAAUCCAUUAUUAUUGGAUUUGAGCGUUUCUCAAAACCCUUCAAUUAUAAAACAUAUAGCACCUCUUUUACUAUGUGGACUUUUCAUAUAUUUUCCUAUCUCUAAAUACUUAUGGUCUGACUAUUCAGUUACAUGGCUACUGGCAUUUUCGUUUUUUCAUAUUAAAAUGUUCAUAAAAUCUUUGGAAUCAUUAGCUGUCUAUUCAUUGUUCAUAUAUGAUGCUCGUCAAACAACUUUUUGGAGAAAAUUAGAUGAUUAUGUGUACUAUAUCAAACUGUUUGGCAAUACGGUGGAAUACUAUUUUGGAAUAUUUCUUUUUCUAUAUGGUGUUUAUAUUAUGGCUUUUGGGUCUGGUGGUGCAGUCUAUACAUCCAUGAUGGUUAUACAUGCUUAUUUCAACAUAUGGUGUGAUGCUAGAGAUGAAUGGAGAGUAUUUAUUAAACGCCAUACAGCUGUAAAAAAAAUUGAAUCCUUACCAGCAGCAACUAGAGUUCAAUUGUCUAAUUUUGAAGGUGCCUGUGCCAUAUGUUAUCGAAAUAUGGGAUCAGCUAAAAUUACUAAAUGCAAUCAUUAUUUCCACGGUGUAUGUCUGCGUAAAUGGCUCUAUUUUAAGGAUGGAUGCCCAUUAUGUGUUGAUAAUAUAUUCAAGACAAAAAAAUCAAAAGUCAAAAACAGAAAAAACAGAAAAACAGAAAAACAAAAACACAUGAAAAUUACAUAA